AUGACUCUUUUUGACAAAGUCGACGAGAAUAUCAAACUUGAUGAACUAAAAUCGCAGAAUAUUGAAAACAAAUUUAGUAAUAACUUAUUAGCCAACGCAACUGCCAAUAAUAAUGACAAGUUCCAUGAAACAAAAUCAGAGACAAUUGAAUACACAUUGAAUGUAGCUACUGUUGGUGAUAUAUCGAGCACGAAAACAGUUGACGACCCUGAUGAUAAGAAACUGCUACGUAAACUUGAUCUUCGUCUUAUUCCUGGUAUAACAUUGCUCUACUUGCUCAACUAUCUUGAUCGAGUCAAUAUUGGUCAAGCCAAAUUAAAUGGUAUUACGACCUCAUUGAAUCUUCCAAGUGCUCAAUAUAAUGCUUGUUUAAGUGUAGUCUAUGUUACAUAUGUUGCCUUUGAAGUUCCUUCAAAUCUGAUUCUUAAAAAACUUCGACCCAGUCGAUGGAUACCACUUAUUAUGGUCACAUGGGGAAUUGUGACGACUCUUACGGGUCUUGUUAAUUCCUAUGGUAGUCUUCUCGCUUGUCGACUUCUAUUGGGUGCUCCCGAAGCGGGAUUAUUUCCAGGUGCCACCUAUUAUCUGUCGAGCUGGUAUAAAAGGCGUGAACUUUCAUGGCGUGUCAGUAUUCUUUUCUCUGCGGCUACACUAGCUGGCACCUUUGGCGGUAUACUCGCCUAUGGAAUCAAUAAUAUGAAUGGUUUGGGUGGUCAAGAAGGUUGGCGUUGGAUAUUUUAUAUAGAAGGCAUAGUCACAGUUGUCGUUGGAGUAUUUGCCUUUUUUUUUAUUAGUGACUUUCCAUCGGAUCGGCCUAAAUUUCUCACUGAAUCCGAGUGUAAUCGUGUGCUUGUUCGCUUGAGAACGGACGCUGGGCCCGGUGGUGCUGAGCAUUUCAGUUGGAAACAAGUUGCGUCGGCAUUCGUAAGUUGGAAAUUCUACAAAGCUCAACUUCUUACUGCUCCACCAUACGCUUUUGCUUUUAUUACAACGGUGACAACAGCUUAUUUUUCUGAUAAAUAUGUUCAACGUGGUAUCUUUAUUCUAUUCUGGUUACUAAUAACUAUGAUUGGUUAUCUAAUUCUUAUUGUCGUAAACAGUUUGGGUGCAAAAUAUUUUGCCGUCUUUCUAGCAGCUGGUGGCAUUCCACCGUGUGUAGCUACAUGUAUUGCCUUUCUUUCAGGUAAUACUAGUCCUCAAACAAAACGCGCUACGUCAUUGGCAUUCAUGAUAUCUGUGGGUAAUUGUGGAGGAAUUAUAAGUCGUCAAAUCUAUCGAUCUGAAGAUGCACCUCGUUUUAUUUUGGGCCAUGCUAUCAAUCUUGGCUUUUGUACACUAGCUAUCAUUUGCACUAGUAUUCUUAUGAUCGGUCUUCGACUAGAGAAUCGCCGACGUGAUCGCUUGUAUGGUCCUAGUACGAAUGUUGUAAUAACACAUACAAAUACUACAGUAGACAUGUUUGGAUUGGGUAGUGCAGAAGAUAGACGACGAUGGGGCUAUGAGAACAUGUCAGAACAAGAAAUUCGUGAUUUAGGUGAUAAACAUGCCACUUGGCGUUAUAUUUUAUAA